GGCUACAGGUUUGUCAACUUCGGCGACCGCAUGUCCUGCAAGAGGUGCAACUGCCCGAAGUCGUCGCACUUCGGAGGCUCGCCCAAGGAGAGCGCGCCCUCCUUCAAGGCGACGGAGAGCCUCAAGCUGGCCAUGGCGCUGGAGGAGAUCAAGCAGCUCAAGGCUCCCAGCAGCGCCAGCGCCUUGGGCUCGUCAACGAGCAGCUGGUGGACCCUGCGGCGCUGGGCCGACAUUGUGGACGAGGGCGACGAGGCGCUCCGCUCGGCUGCCAUCGCCAAGAAGGCCAGGCUCGAGGCGGAGGCGGAGCAGCUGCGCCAGGCGCUCUUCCUCGCGAAGCCGAAGGACGUGCAGCUCAAGAGCCUUGCGGACCAGAUCAAGAAGCUGGAGCAGCAGCAGGAGAAGGGCCGCGGCGACCUCGCGGCGGUGGAACUGCAGCAGCAGGAGCUCGCGGCCCAGGCGACGGAGCUGCGCGCGGCCGACGUCGAGCGGGGGGCGAGGCUGGUCGAGCUCAAGGCGGAGCAGGCCCGCAUGGUGGGCAGGCUCGCGGCCCCUCCUGCUGAGCCUGCUGCUGGCUUGGAUGGCGUCGUGGAGGUGGGCGGCUGCAAGUUCACGGCGGACUUUUUGGGCAAGGUCCUGGGUCGCUUCGGCGUGGAGGGCGAGUUGCACGACGCGCUGCGGGCCCAGGCGACCCAGCACGAGCAGCAGCACAGGGCCGCCAAGGAGGCGGAGGCCGCUGCUGCGCGGGCUGCGGCGGCCGAGCAGCGCGCUGCUGCCGCUGGGCCGGGGGCGCCUGCAGACGCCCCCGCAGCAGCGCCGCCUGGCGGCAGCCGCGCCCCGAUCCCAGGUGAAGGGGUCUCUGCAGGCGAGGACGCCAUGGACGAUGAGGGGCUCGACGUGGAGGUCCAGCUCAAGUUCUGCCAAGCCUUCGGGGCAGCCCCGUCGGCUGGAGAGGGCGGCGUUCGCCCUGCUGAUGACGUGGUGCGCGACGCCUUCAACAGGUCUGCGCUGAGCACGGCGCGUCGCCGCCCAAGCGGGCGCGCACUGCGGCCCGAGGGCACGGUCGUCGCCAUGACGGACGACAACUUCGACUUGGAGGCCUACUACAGCACGCUGUACGAGGCCGACGAGCAGGCGGCCCUGGAGCUGGGUGGCUUUGACUUCUGGGGCGCUGGUCGCCAGGGUCAGAUGCCCAGCCAGGGCGGUCAGGCGGCGCAGUCCCCUGCUCCUGGCUGGAUGGCCGCCUGCGAGGCGGCGGAGGCUGCUGGGGCGCCUGGUGGUGCGGCGCUGGCGCGGGCGCGGGCUGGGGCGCUGCUGGCGAGCGGCGCUGGUGCUGCGCUGGGCUGCGGCGAGGACGGGAGGCUGCAGACCCCCGCUGGGCUGCAGGGGGUGGUCGGCCUUCAAGGCUACGGCCCCAGGAUGUCAGAAUGGGUUGACCAGGCGAGGACUCCUGACUGGCAACCUCAGGGAUUCAGCCCCUCGACGCCACAGCCUCUCCCCCACAAGGACUCCGAGUUCGUUGCGCAGCAGAACAUCGGGGACCAGGUGUUCGGCGAGUUCGGGUCCCUUGAAGGUGCCGCCCCCCCGCGGGUCCCCGACGCGACUGCGUCGGCCAGUGCAGCGCACUUGGAGCGGCUGCUCGCUGGCAAGCCCAAGCCGAUGGCGAAAGCAGGGUGCUGCCUGGCCACAGUGAAUGCCUCGUCGUGGGGGCCGCUGGGCGAGUACCUCCUGAGGGCUGACGGCAAUUCGACGCUGGCCAUCGCGGUUCAGGAACACCACCGUCUGGCCAAGGACCUGGCGACGCAGCAGCGGGCGUCUAAGGACGCGGGCUGGCAUGGAGUAUGGAGCGCGGCCAAUCCGCCUUCGACGUCGACCUCGGGUUCCGUCGGUGGCGUAGCGGUGCUGGCUCCCACCGUAGUCUCAGUCACGGCGCCCCCUGGGUGUGACUCCCCCGUGUUGGUGCCGGGGCGCCUGGUGGCGGGGCACGUGCGUGCUGGCCUUGCUGGCGGCGUGGUGGUCCUCAGCAUCUACCGGCACGACGGCGAAGGGCGUUCGGGCAACAACCUGGGCAUCAUUUGGCAGCUGGCGCAGUACCUGGGGCGGCUCGAAGCCGAGGGCCACCACUGGGCGGUCAUGGGGGACUGGAGCACGGGGGCGGACGAGCUCGAUUUUGGCUGGGUCGGCAAGCUGCGGGCCCAGGUUCGGCAGGCGAGCGGCCAGUCGUGCAGGCAGGGUGGCGGGUCCAACAUCGACUACUUCGUGGUGUCCAAGAGCCUCAUCCCCUUCACAGGAGAGGCUCACAUCCUGGACGUCGGCGCCCACACGUGGCCGCACUGGCCCGUCCGCUUGCCGCUGUGCCAGGUGCGCGUGCAGGCCGUGCAGCAGGUUAUCGACGAGCCCAAGCCGAUCCCCAGGGAGGCGGCCAAGCCUGGCUGCGCCCGCCCGCCCUGGCGCUGGGGCGCGUUCGCGAGGUGUGUGGACGCCGUCGCGGCCCACGCCUGGGCGGCGCUGGCAGGUUGGGCGUCGGAGCUCCUGAAGAAGCAGGCCUACCUGGCGAAGCUGUUCGGCGCUCUGAAGGAUCACCCUGUCGAGGAGGGGGCCAAGCCCGCGGCGGCACGUGCCAUGUGCAUGUGCGCGAUUGCAAAGGCCCUGGUGCACUUUCAGCACUUCCUGGAGUCCCUGCACGGCCAUGGGCACUGGCAUCACCUCCCGAGAUGGACGCGCAAGCCCUUCCUGGAUGAUGCGGACUUCGGCAACGAGGCUCGGGCGCAGGACCUCAGGCGGGUGUUGCAGGCGGCGGAGCAAGGGCAGCGCAAGCAGGCCAAGGGAGACGAGGCCCGCUGGAAGGAGUGGGUCGACGGGGCUUUCCUGGGAGGAGCAGGCGCCGCCCACGCCGCCUCCAAGGCCCCCGUUCUUCAGGAAGUGCUCCCAGAUCACCCGUCGGAGGGGGCGCAGGCGCUAGUGGCCAGGGAGUUGCAGCCAUGGGUGGACAUCUGGAACUAUCACGGCCUGACCCGCAUGGUGCAUGCAGUGCGGGACGUGGUCCGAUCCUUCCCGUGGCGCACGGGCGUGGGCCAAUCAGGCAUACCUCCGAGGGCGCUGGGGGACCUGUCCGACGACGCGCUCCUGGCCAUGACCGCGGUCUUCCACAAGUGCGAGGAGCUGCUGGUAUGGCCGAGCAGCCGCCUCAUCAACACCAUGGUGCGGCUCCCCAAGCCCGACGGCGGCUGUAGGCUCAUCUGGCUCAUGCCGACGCUGGUGCGCGUGUGGAGUCGGGCCCGCAGGCCUGUGACGAAGGCGCGGGAGCUGGACAACCCCUCGGAACUGGUCUGGGGCACGGGGCCAGACAGAGCCAGCUCGGACUCGGCGUACGAGCUCAAUUUGGCCAAGGAGCAGGCGAAGCUCGGCGGCUGGGACUCUGCCCAGGCCGCCCUGGACCUUUGGAAGGCCUACGAGAUGGUGGCGCCCGAGGGAAACAUCGCGGGGUGUGGGCACGCCAACUCGCUGCUGAUGGUGCUCACCCUGCGGGCCCUGCGCAAGACACAUGCCCUGGCGCCGUCGGUCACCCAGCGGGGCCUGGUGGACGACGUCACCCUGGACUGGAGCGGGCCCAAGGAGGCGGACGACGACAGCCUGGUGACAGCGCUGAGCAGCUUCUCGGUCGACAUGAUGAAGCAUUGGGUGCGCAACCUGGGCCACGAGCUGCACGGGCGGAAGGUCCUCCGCACUCAGGAGAAACGCCGCCUGCAGGCCCUGGCUGAAAGGCGAGGGCGCAUGGCCAUGCUCAGGCGGGCUGCUGGGAGGCGCGCUGCCGCCCUGGUUGCCACAGGGCUCUCGCCGUCGGCGGGACAUGGCGCAGGGGUCUCGGGGCUAGCUGGCAAGCCUCUGGCCCAGCUGCGUACGCUGGCGGCGGCCACCGCUGGGGCCAAGGCGGGCUGCGGCACGGCGGCCGUCAUGGUGCUGCAGAGGCGGGUGGAUUUCGACCCGAUCUACGCCGCCACGGCCCCGCUGGUUUGCAGGCUGGCCAGUCGCAUCUGGGGGGGGCGCGGUUCUUUGGCUGAGCUGGCGGCUACCUGGCAGGUGCUGGCUGCGGAUGCGCGAGCGGGCUCCCUGUCUUGGGCUUCGGUGCUGGGGCCGCUUGGGGCUACCUGGCUUUCGCUCGCGCGCAUCGGCUGGGGCAUGGCAGCCGCCUGGGCCCUGCGGACCGACCAGGGGGAGGUCAUCUCUUUGCUGCGGGUGGCCCCCAGGGGCGUCAAGGACGCGCUCGUGGAUGGCAUCCAGCGCUGGCAGUGCAGGAGGCUGGCCGCCCACUUGCCCGAGAGCGGCGGCGAGGUGCUCUGGCCGCGGGCCGCGCGGGCUAUUGCCAGGCGGUCUCGGCCCGCUGCUGAGUUGGGGGCCGUCCAGGCCCUGUGGGCAGGCGGCCACUUCACCAUGGUCUGGCGCUCUGCCCACGGCUUCGCCACCACGGAGCUGUGUCAGGCUUGCGGCCAGGCCAAGGACACCCUGAUGCACAGGUGGUGCGCCUGCCAUGAGGUCAUGCGGCCACGGGACGAGGAGCUGGAGCAGGAGGAGCCCUUUCGCAAGCCGAUCGCGGCCAUGCACACGCAGAUGGCGGAGGCCGAGCAGAAGUGGACCAUCGGGGACAGCGAGCUGCCGUUGGCCUAUGGCCUGCCGCUGCUGCCUGCCCUGCCGCCUCCUGCGCCUGCUGCGAGCGUCACCUUCGAGUGGGGAGCCGCGCAGGUGGCCUGGCCUGCGGUCGUCUACACAGAUGGGUCAGGCCACGCCUCGCAGGUGCAUGGGGCGCGCAGGUGCGGCUGGGCGGCCGUGGCCCUCAGGCCCGACGGGAUGCCGCUCAAAGCCGCCUAUGGGCCGCUGCCUGGGCCGCGCCAGACUGUGGGCAGGGCCGAGCGGCAGGCCUGCCUGGCACCCCUGUCUCAGGCGGGGGAGGUCCAGCUGAUCGUCAGCGACCUGCAGUCGCUCGUCACAGAGGGCAACCUUUGGAGCCCCACGGCGCAGGCGGCUAGCGCGAGGCACGCCAGCACAUGGCGGCAGCUCCACGCAGCUGCGGAGGAGCGAGGCAGCCCGCCCCCGCGCUUCAGAUGGGCGCCUGCCCACAGCACCCUGGAGCAGGCGCUGGAGGAGGGCAUCGGGCCCAUGGACUGGCUUGGGAACUGCUGGGCGGACUUCUUCGCCAACCUGGGGGCCGCCGAAACGAGGCUGCCCAACAACACGGUGGAGGCGCUCAAGGCGGAGUUGCAGCGGGCGCUGGACACCGCCACGUACUUGGGCUGGGCGGCGGCGCGCGUCUGCCAGCUGGAUCUCUGGCGGCCGCUCGGGGACGACGGGGAGCUCCAGCGCCGGGCAGAGCUCAAGUGCCCCGCCCCUCCCAAGCUCAGUCUCACGCGGCACGAGUACCAGGCGAUCAGCGCCAGAGGGGUCCAGCGCCUCCACUGCGGACGGGAGGCGCACACCGAGAAGGCACGCUCACUGCUGGACUGCCGCCCGUGCCAACCGUCGGCGCUGGGGCGGUUGCGCGCGGCUCGCAGCCGUGAGGUUGGCGGGGCGCAGCUGCUCGCCAGCUCGGCCAUGGUGGACGCGGGGCUCCAGGCGGCGGCUUUGUGCGAAGCAGAGCAGGUUGGCCACAGCAGUGCGGCGCCUGAGGUAGGCCAGGCCUUCGGCCCCACGGAGGGCGGCGCGACGGGCAACGAGUUCGAGCGCAAGGCGCAGUACCUCCUGGCGGCGGCGAAAGGCAACUCGGCAUGCGUUGCAGGCCACGACCUGCUGGCCAUCGCGACUUGGGAGCGAGCGGGCCCUCUGGAGGCCACACUGUGCACGCUGGCCAGCUCGUGGAUCACGGACCUGCUGGACCAGAGCCUUGCCUACGCCUCGUGGAUGGAGGAGUGCGUGGACUACGUCUACAGGCUGCUGGGGGAGGCUGCCUUUCGAAGCUUCUUCGCGUACACGACGACCCCCGAGUCGCGCAGCGCGGAGCGGCUCAGGAAGGCCAGGGGGUUCUGCGAGCGCGGUUGGCGGGACGGGAGCCCCUGCCGCGAGACCCGCAUUGACGAGGCCCUCCAGCUGGAAGGGGGGCUCAGGGAUGCCCGUGCGCAGCGCCUGCGGUGUUACCACUGGGCGGCGCGUGCCUACCUCAGCGGCCGCGGCAAUGCUCGUCACGCUGGAGGGAGGCAAGGACACCUGUACGGCCACUGGCCGCCUGAGGCCCUGCCUGGUCCCAACGGCCUGCCCUCGGCCGACGGCGGCGACCACGGCGCCGAGGGCGACCAUUGGGAGGACUUCGACGACGCCGACAUGGAGGUGAUCAGGGGCCUGACGGCCCAGGACGUGCAGGCGGCCAGGCAGCGCGUGGCCGAGCGGGAGAGGGCGGCGACGACGAAGGACCCCAGCGCCCAGCGGGUCCGAGGCCUGACCCCGCCCCGCGGCGCCGCAGCAGCGCGGGCCAGGCUGCCAACCGUUCGCGCUCGCCGCCAGGCCGAGCGGGCCAGGAGGCUGGAGGUGCGGGCCCCAGCGCGCCUGGCAGCCCAGCGGAAGCUGAUCGACGCCGCCGACAGCCCAGCGAAGCUAGCCUCCCGCUUAAGGGUGCGACGGCGCCGACGGGUUGGCCCCAGCAGUUCGGACAGCAAUGCGACGGGCCUUGGGGAUUUGCGCCGCACGCUGCAGGGCUUUGCUGGAUGCUGGGUGUUCGACCUGCGCGAUCCUGACGGCGCGGGGGUAGCCUGGCUGGCAUGGGCUGCGCAGUAUGUGCUGGAGUGGCUGGCCCGCCCUGGCAACGCCGCCGAGCGCGAGGAGGCCAUCCAGCGGGCUGGGUCCAUUGGGCUGCGGGCCCUCGUGCACGCGUUGGUCCGCCAGGCCUGGACCAUGAAGGCGUCGGUGCGCAGGGCGGCGGUCGGGCACCUGCUGGGCCUCUCGACGCUGGAGGAGUGGAUGCACGUGGCGGCCUUGCAGUGGGCCACAGUUGACGAGAUCAUGUGCACCAUCAGGGGCAUCGUCGGCGAGGCGGCGGCCAAUCUCCCUGCCCCACCUGGCUUCGCGGGGCCCAUCCCUGGCCUUGGCCCUGUGGGCGUGCGGGAGCCGCCCAGGAGCGCUCGGCUUCCGCGGCCCGUCGGCCUCUCGGUGCUGGGCGGCUACCUGGCAGUGCGGCAGCCGUGGCGCAACCCGCAGUUACCGUUGCUGCAGCAGCGGGGCCUCGACGCCAGCGACGAUGACGACGUUGCUCCGCACCCUGGUGCAGCCCCGUCAGGCCUGCCCCCGCCGCCGCUGGCGGCCGCUGCGGUGUCUGGCGGACAGCCGCCAGAGCCAGGGGUUGGCAACCACAGGCGCUGGCAGGUCGAGACGGCGACGCAGGGCUCAGACUCCAGCGAGGGCCCCAGCCUGGGCGGCAACCCCGCCGUGGCGGCGGCCAUCAAUGGUAUGCCGCCGUGGCACCUGAUGGGCGCGGGGGACGCGGGCGGCGACGGUGCGGCCGCUGGCCUGGCGCCCUGGGAGCCCGACGGCGCGGCGGGCGACGCGGACGGGAGCGCGGCGGAAGGGGCGCGGGCCUGGCGGCCCCCCGCUCGCAGCAGCCUGCGCUCUGGCGGCGGCGGCGGCAGCGGGGCCUGGCCUGGCCAACAGCUGCGCUGGGGCAGCGGCGGGACAGGCGCCAGCGAGGUCCAGGAGCCCGCAUCGUGGGGCCCCAGGCAGGCAGCCGCGGGGCGAG